UAUUUAAGCCCUUCUCGACCAUUCAUCCCUGGUAAAGUCUACGAGCGUGGAUCACUUUUUUAUUUGCCCCGUUUUGACGGCGGAAUCCACUCGGCGCUCUGCUGCUGGCCUUAGUGGAGAAGUAACACCGUCAACUUUUUUAUGAGAAAACGCCGCGCCAUACCGAAAAAAGGAUGGGCGCAGAGUCUGGGCGAAAACAGUGCGGAUCCGCGAUACAUCAUGGAUGCCUGCUUGGGGAUUGAUGCGCAGUGCUAACGGCGGUGCUAGUCUCUAGCGGUGCUUUGCCGGGCCAUGCGUUAGAUUGUCUUAGGGCGGAUGUUCUUCUUCCACAGAUCGCCCAAAAUACCUACUCUGAUACAAGGUUGGACAAGACGCCGCAUGUCACUCUUUUGAGGCAGCAAGGAGCUGCCGCGUGUCGUGGCUCGUCUUAUACGAUGCUUCUCACAACAGUACCUUUUGGUUUCUUCGGUGAUAAUGAUCUGGGAGAUCCCAGCCAUCGCCAACCCUUGCAUAUCCUUCUCAGUUUCUUUCUUUGUGCAGCAAGGCCCCCUGCUCAUCCCCCCGAUUGAAAACUUUCCCCCUUUUCUGUCGUUGAUUCGCGAGUGGCCAAAACAUUGUAGACGCUUGAUGCCGCCGAACCGGGUCCGAUCCCCUUUUUUUCUUGUCUCCCGCUUUCCUGGUGCUGCUAAACUCUGCUGUUGGAAGUGUGUCGUAUGUGUGUGUGUCUGUGUGGGCGACCCCCCUUCCCCGUCAUCACUAUCAUCAUCAUCAUCAGCUCUCCCUUUUGUCGUCGGUAGGCAUCCAUCAACCCUCUGCCUCCCUUCUCACAUCGUCCCCCUCCCUCUCUUUAUUUUUUUACUUUUUCGUUUUACUUUACCACCAAGCCUUGACGGAAACCCGCCACACUUGCUCAUUCCCCCGCUUCUUCAGUGCUCGCCUUUUUUUUUUUUUUUUGCAGCGAACAAUCAUCUUCUACUUUUUCACCCUCUCCUAUUUUUCAUUUUCGUGCUGCUUUGCUGCUCUGGCGGAUCUCGUCGCGGAUAAAAUCCAUCCUGCUGGGAAUUUGGAGUGGUCCCGAUCUUUUUUGGCUAUUACGUUUUUAGGCUACCUAGGCUACCUAGGCUACCCAGC